AUGGCAACGAUUGGUCAAUAUCCCAACAGAGCACCUCCUCCGUGUCCCGACUGGGUCUUCUCCAACACCUCCGACACCCAUGUUGCCAAAGAUCGCUGCUGGUUCGGUACAGACUAUACCCCCUUCAGCUCCUAUGUCACGGAUAUGGCUGGAGGCUCAGCCGAAGUCAUUGGCAUGGGAGCUGUCAAUCUCACCACGAUGAACUCGCCAAACGAAACCGAUCCGAGUUUGCGCGAUUCUCUCCACUUAAAGAACGUGCUGCAUGUCCCUGCAAUGCUCUGCAACAUUAUUGGAAGCCCCAUGAUGGAAGACUACAAUGUCAUUUUGGGGACCUCUUCUCCAGAUAACUCCGGCCAAAUUAUGAGCGAAGAUGGUCGUACUGUGGCCUACUUCAAGCCUAUGGAUCCAGGUCCCAAGCUGUACCUAGUCCAGAUUUCCGAGCCUCCAUCCGGUUAUCAGUUCGCGUUUUCGCCUUUCCAUCCGAACGGGCUCUACCUUAUUCACGCCUUCUGGUCCCGCGUUGAGCGACAGAGGUUCGCAGACUUGAAAGCCUAUGGUCUGACCCAUGUGUCAGGCGUAGACCCGCUGACAGAAUCCGAGAAGAUAUGGUUCACGAGGAACCACAUGUCUCAGGAUAGAAUUCUAGUCGCCUACGGGUUAGACAACAACAGGCGGGAGCAUCGACAGGAAGCCCGUGCCAUCAUGCGAAUUCUCAAGUCCCAUGCCGAAGUUGAUAUUCUCGACUACUGA